UUAUAGGUUGGUUAUAAAAUAAAUAUGAAAUCCCUUUCCUUUUUUAUUUAUUCUUGUUUCAACUUUUUGAAUGUCCAUUUAUCAAACUGAAGUAAAUACAUUACUUGAACAAUGUCAAAAUGAGUGGGUCAAACUUGAAUCACUUGGAAAAGAAGAUAGAGCGACAAAUGCAAUAAACCAAGCGAGUAAAGACUUACGAGAGGCAAUCAAAAGACUAGUACAAUUACAGGACAAUCUGGACGAGAAUAAGCUUGAAACAAGUGUAGAAAUGGAUAGAAAAGCGAAAAUAGUUAUGGACGACGUACGGAAAAAGCUAGAAUUUGUAUCGAAUGUAACAACAAAGGUUAAACCAACAAUGAGUCAGUCUUCUCCUCUAGUGUCAGCUAAACCUUUAGUCAGAUUGACCAAGAUACCAUCGAGGGAUAGAAUAAUUGAAGAGGAAGAAAAGACAGAAGACUCUGAUAAAAAUACCAGCAGCAGCAAUCGACAGGAACAAUGUUCAGGUCAGCCAUUAAAUUCUUUAAUGACAAAUAUGGAUAGCAAUAUCAACAGUAAUAAGAAGAAGAGUCUAUUUCCUUUACUAAAAGGGCUUAGACCAUCUCAAUCAACACCUAUUAAAACAGGAGAAGAAGUUGCCCAUAUCAACUUCUAUAAGAACGAUGAAAACUUUAUAUAUGCAACAGACGCAGUUGUUGAGCAUCCCUUACGUAUAGGUGCGGGAUAUGGAAGCUAUAUAUGCUACAGCUGCACAGUAUAUAGCGAUAAAGGAACGCCAAUUACUGUCCUUAAACGCUACUCGGACUUUGUAGAGCUUCGUGAAGAAUUGAUAAAGAACUAUAGCUAUUUAAAAAAAAGCAUUCCUAAAUUACCACCGAAGAAAGUAGUUGGCAAAUUUACGCCUACGUUUGUUGAACAACGUCGUCGAGAACUUGAAUAUUUCUUUAAAUAUGUUGUCUUACACCCUACCUUGGGUGCAAGCCCUGCUGUAAGACGCUGGAUUGCACCUUGAUUUUAAUUGGAUAAAAUCUUGAGAAAAAAAUAACCCAAAUAUAUAUUUUUUUCUUUCUUUUUUCCUAAUUACAAAAAAAAAAAACUAAUAAAUAACAUGAGUUCAAUGGACCUUGAUUCCUCGCUUGAUGAUCUUAUAAAGCAAAGAAAAACACACCCUAAGAAAGGCUCAUCACAGCCAAACAAAGCUAAAAAACUUCAAAAGGGCAAAG